UAAAGGUGGUGGUAGAGGGGGUUGAUAUCCUUAAAAAACAAUCAUGUCAGUUAGAUGUUGCUGUCGUCGUGUAUACGUUUUUGACAACCAGCCUUUGUAACUUAACCAUUUAUUUAACUAGUCUGUCAGGUGUGUGUGUAUAUAUACUUGCCGUAACUUCAUUUUCACUAUUAGGCUACUUAGAACAUUUAUGGUUGCAAAUGAACACACAAAACAGGUUGUGCCAACUUAAAUAGUUCAAAAGUAAAAAGUCAUGGCUAAUGAAGUGCUCUCUGCUGCUUCGUCUCCCAUUAACUCAUCCCCGGUACCAAAUGAAGAAAAUUUGUGUAGAAACUGUGAGAAAAAGCUUAAACAGCCCAAAGUACUUGAUUGCUUACAUGUCUUUUGCCAAGAAUGUCUGCAGAGUACAGUGGACGAAAUCCACAACAGAACAGGUACCAUUCCUGAUGUGAUCGAAUGCAGUGUGUGUUCUCAAGGGACAAGGCUCUCUGCCAAAGGUGUUGAAAGCUUACCGUCAGAUGAUGUCAUGUCCGAUAUGCUGGAAGUUGACCUGGCCGAUGAUGACCCUAUUGUAUGUACCAGCUGUAAAGCCAAAGAGAAGGCCAUUGCAAGAUGUUCUGAUUGUGCCAAUUUCCUCUGUCCCCAUUGUGUGUCGGCUCACCAAUAUAUGAGAUGUUUUGAAGAUCAUAAGGUUAUAUCAUUUGAAGAUAUGCAAAAUGGAGAUGGACCUAAAUUUCUGAAGCCAAUGUUUUGUCGGAUUCAUCCAAGUGAAAAUGUAAAAUAUUUUUGUCUUUCAUGUCAGGAAGUGGUUUGCAAUGACUGCAUUGCUGAAGAUCACCAGCAACCAGAGCAUUUUACUGAAAAAAUUUCUAAUGUUGACACAAAGUUUUCUGAUGAGAUUAACAAUCUGGUAACAGAGAGUAAGAAUAAAAUAAAGCUUUUUGAAGAAACUAGUAACAAUCUUGAAAAUGCUUUAACUGAUAUGCAGAUGCAACGAGAUAAUGUUAAAGGACUUGUUCAAGAAACGUUCCAAAGUUACAAAACUGCUUUAGAAAACAGAAGGGAUGAAUUAUUAAAGGAUUUAGAAGAAAUCCAUGCUGCUCAAGAAAUGUCUAUAAUAGAAAUGUGUCAUAAUGUUGGGAAGAAAAUUGAGAAGAUAGAAGAUGGAAGUAAAUUUGCAGAACGUGUUAUGAAAAAUGGGAACAGCUAUCAAAUACUCAUGUUACAUAAAGUCAUUGUCAAUCAGAUGCUAUAUCUUUUUAACAACAAUCCUAAGCCAGAUUUGAAUAGAAGUAUUGAGUUCAAGACAGAUGACGUUGUAUUUACUGAAGCCAUCCGAAAAACAUUUGGUUCCAUUCAGCUGGUGAAUGCAAAUGACCCAAAGAUUGAAAAUCCAAUAUCAUCUCUUCAUUCAUCAUUUGAAAAUGAAGGCUUCAGUCUACCCACUGGUGUACUGAGUCCGGAGUUGCCUCAAGUAUCUACUUCAGAAUUUCCCAAUAUGCAUGCAGUUACACCAGUACCUAUUACUGGGGGAUCUCAUUUUAAUUCAUUGCACAUGUCAUCAUCUGAUUCUUCCCCAAUGGGAGUUGCAAUCACUGGUGCACACAACAUUCCUGAAAACAGCCUGUCGCGUAGCUCUCACAGUCCUGCUAUGUCCGAUAGCGGCAUUUCAGUUGAUGCUGCUAGUACUAAUAGUGCACCAAGUGCCCCACUUUACCAUGAUAUGACAAAACUAGGACGAGGACAACUCUCUUUGAAUGAACACAUUGUUUCUGGAUUGAACAUAACUGUAAAUGGACUAACUACUUCUGGAAGUAGGACUGAAACGCCAGUUUCUCAAACUGAUUCCACUCUUGCCAAUAUACUUAGUCCAACUGCUACAACUUCUCCUCUUCCAACCACAAAUUUAUCAAAUAUAGAUACACUAGUGGGAUUUUUAAAUCAGACACCAUCAACAAAUAUGAUCAACAACUUGGGAAAUUUAGGAAGCUUAAGUGGACUUGGUAACAUGGGGAUAAUGAAUUCACUCACCAAUAUAAAUUCAACUUCUACAUCAGGAUCAAUAUCAAAUACUUCUAGUGCAUCUAGUAAUAAUUUUCCUACAAAUAUAUCUCCACCAUAUCCUCCUAUUCGCAGAAGUAACAAAAUGAGCCCUAUGCAAAUAAGGUGCAAAUUUGGGCAGUUGGGGCCUGGCAAAGGACAGUUUAAUUCUCCUCAUGGUUUCUGUUUGGGUCUUGAAGAAGACAUUAUUGUUGCUGAUACUAACAAUCAUCGUAUACAAGUUUUUGAAAAAAAUGGAGAAUUUAAAUACCAGUUUGGAAUACCAGGAAGAGAUGAAGGUCAGCUUUGGUACCCAAGGAAAGUUGCUGUCAUGAGAAAUACUGGAAAAUAUGUUGUUUGUGACAGAGGAAAUGAAAGAUCCCGUAUGCAAAUUUUCACUAAAAAUGGACACUUUAUCAGGAAAAUUGCCAUCCGUUACAUUGACAUUGUUGCUGGUUUAGCAAUUACUCAACAAGGUCACAUUGUUGCUGUGGACAGUGUCUCGCCAACAGUGUUUUGUAUUGCUGAAACUGGAGACCUGAUUAAAUGGUUUGACUGCAGUGAUUAUAUGCGUGAACCAUCUGACAUUGCUAUUAGUGGAAAAGAAUAUUUUGUCUGUGAUUUCAAGGGACACUGUGUUGUUGUAUUCAAUGAGGAAGGGCAGUUUCUGAGACGUAUUGGAUGUGAAAGUAUCACAAAUUACCCGAAUGGAAUUGACAUCAGUGAUGCUGGAGAUGUUUUGGUUGGAGACAGUCAUGGUAACCGCUUUCAUGUUGCUGUAUUCCAAUCUGAUGGGUCUCUUAUAGGAGAAUUUGAGUGUCCUUAUGUCAAAGUUAGUCGUUGUUGUGGUCUCAAUAUAACAUCUGAAGGUUAUAUAGUUACACUUGCUAAAAACAACCAUCAUGUUCUUGUUCUAGACACUUUAUAUAUUACAUAGAUCUAUAUUUCGUUACUUUUUUCCAUGUUUAUUUACAGAUUUCAGUUAUGCUAAUUAACCUUGGUACUGCUGAUCUUCAGCACUAGUAUUUUGUUUUCAAGCGCUGUUUUGAGAACUGUCAAAUCAGUGUUAUGUAUUUUUGCCUCUGAAUUAAUGCUGUCACUAUUUAAAUUGUUCUGUGGUGGCUUUUUGCUCUUAAAGGCAGUACCAAAGUUAACUUGAAAGAUCACAUUAAAUUUGUACAUUUCGAAGAAAAUAUAUUUUCCUCCCAGUAUUGACUUAUUUGUAUUUUACUUUUUCUUCCCUUAUUUUUGCUUGUAUCUGUUUCCCUCCAUUUUAGACAUUUUUGAAUUUAUUUUUAAUCGGUGUAUUUAAUGUUACUCUGUAUUUUGAAUCCAUAUAGAUUUUUGCAAAUUUGGUUUAGCUAUAUAUAUUUAGAAAUUGUGUUACAUCUUUUUACCUCUUGAUAUUAAAUGUAAAUAAAUUUAUUUGAAAUACAUGAGAAAAUUUUAAAUGUUUAUUUUUUGACUGUGUAGCCUUUAUAAAUAUAUAUUAAAAAAAAGCUAGUGAUCUAUAAUAUAUACUAGUCCUUUUUGUUCUACUGCCAGAUCUGAAAGGAUAUAUCUAAAAAGAAUAUUUCUUUAUUUUUCAAGUUUAAAAAUUAAAUUAUUCCCACCCCUCCCUUUGUAAUUGUCUAUCUCAAAUUAUUAGUGUUGUUUUUGCCAACUUGGAUAUUCCACCUAAGGAGCUGCUACUAAAGCAAGCAAAUUUGAUGGUACUUGUGGAGAGAUUACUAUUAACCUAAUCUUCCUCUCUUUUUCAUCAUGCUUUUAACAAGUUUAAGAGAAUUGUCUGGUUAUUAUAUCUGAAUAUUCUGUAGCUAACUAAAGGAAUAUUCUUCUAGCACUAAGUUUUGUGUGCAUGUAUUGUGUAUGAUAUAAUUGAGUUGUGAAACAUUGAGAUGGAGUUAUUUGUUAUGACUACCUACAGAGUAACUUGGGAUAAAUUCAGCCCAAACAUAGUUAUACACAUGUGCAUAUGCACACUGAAACAGACAGUUGAUGUUAUGGAAACUAAUUGCUGUUGAUAAAAGAUACUCUUUUACUUGUUUCAGUCAUUUGACUGUGGCCAUGCUGGAUCACCGCCUUUAGUCGAGCAAAUCGACCCUAGGACUUAUUCUGUCGGUCUCUUUUGCUGAACCACUAAGUUACGGGGAUGUAAACACACCAGCAUCAGUUGUCAAGCAAUGUUGGGGGGACAAACACAGACAAAUAAACAUAUACACACACAUACAAUACGAUAGGCUUCUUUCAGUUUCCGUCUACCAAAUCCACUCACAAGGCUUUGGUCGGCCCGAGGCUAUAGUAGAAGACACUUACCCAAGGUGUCAUGCAGUGAGACUGAACCAGGAACCAUGUUGUUGGUGAGCAAGCUACUUACUUACCACACACUUUGUUGGUGUAUAUGUAUUGAAUAUCAGUUCUGAUCUAUUCCCUUCAACUUAUAUAUAUUAGCUUGACAAGAUCAAGCUCUUUCACUAAGAAUCACAAGUGGUUCUUGUUCUCAAAGGUUUUUUUCUUUUUUGAUUUUUCAUAUUAAUAGAAAUUGAGUAUUUGUUGGCUACUAAAACUACUAUGCCAAAAGAAAUGUUAUGCUAUUACUAAAAUCAGAAUUUAAAAAUAUAUGUUUAAAAAAAAUUUAAAUAGCUGUAGUUUAGUGUUUGUUUCCAUCUGGUUUUCCUCACUUUUUACAUAUAUACAUACAUAUAUCCUUGAUAAAAUGUUAACCAAUUAUGUUGAAUUUUUUUCAAUAAAGCUUCACAAAGAAUA